AUGGGUAUCAGUCCUCAGAUCACCAACCUCAUGAUCAUCCUUGGUAUGAUGCAAGUCACCAAGAAGAUCCCCUUCGAAGACGAGAACGUGCUCAACCUCGUCCGCGCCAUCUACAUUGGCAGCAACGUCAUCAUCGCCGCUCUCUAUUUUUACAUCCAGAUCCAGAUCAACAAGAAGAAGGACAUGACCACCCUCAAAUACGUUGAGCCCGCGCCCAUGGGUUCCUCCGAGGAGGGCAAGCUCGUCACCACCACGAUCCACGCCUACGACUCCAACCAGCUCCGCCAGCUCUGGCGUGGCCAGCUGAUGGGUAUCGCCAUGAUGUCCUUCAUGCACCUCUACAUGAAGUACACCAACCCCCUCGUCAUCCAGAGCAUCAUCCCUCUCAAGGGCGUCUUCGAGGGCAACCUCGCCAAGAUCCACAUCUUUGGCCAGCCCGCCUCUGGCGAUCUCAAGCGACCUUUCAAGGCUGCCCAGGGCUUCAUGAGCGCCAUGCAGGGUGCCAACGGCACUGUCCAGAGCGACAAGAAGGCUGUCGAGGCUGCCGAGAAGGCCGGCCGCGGCGGUGCCAAGGAGGAGUAA